UGGACCCGCACUGCCUUCCCUCUUCCCAUCUCUUUACCACCGGAAAGCAUCAACAACAUAACCGGGACACCCACGGUUAUCGGUAAACGCGGGAAACUCGUCUCCUUGCCCGCCGUCUCUACUUCUAUACAGAACACCACGUCCACAAGAAAUUCGACGACCCUUCUCGCUCUUCUUCCCGAUAACGCGGUAAACUCCACGGGUCUGUCGAUUCUUGCAAGCACGGCAGAAGGGCAUUUCAGGGAUUGGAAAGUGGUGUGGGAGGUGGAGAGUGGGUGCGAGGCGGAGGUGUUGUUUGAU